ACUUGCACAAGAGCUUAUAGACGAUCUCGAUGGUCUAUCGGAUGACGAGAUCACAGAGGGAAAUCAAACAGAGCAAACAGAACAGCGAGACGAUUUCAAUGAGAACGGUAAACGUCCUGCUAGUGAAAAUCCAUUAGAAGAAUCAUCUGAAAAUGUUAUGGACACCUCCGAAGAGCCCUCCAUUGAGCUACAAGAAGGCCAGCUUUAUAUACCCACAGGUGGCGUACGCCCAGCUGAUGAGCUCGAUGCUGAGGCUGUUGAGGGCUAUAAAUUGGAAAAGAUCCUAGACGUUAGGAAAGUUGCGCCAUUAACUUCUUCAAGGCGUAUGAAGGAAGUGCUUGAGGGGAUUGACGAAUUCUUAGCCUCUCCAAAGCUUGUUAAGGGUGGCUCAAUAGUCGACAAUCCGGAGUAUGACAUUAUCGUAAAAGCGAACAACCUGGCUGUAGAAGUGGACAACGAACUGCUCAUAGUACACAAAUUCGUUAGAGAUCAUUAUCACGCAAAAUUCCCAGGUUUAGACACUUUGGUACCUGAACCAACAGUGUACUUGCGUGUCGUGCAAGCAAUUGGUAACAUCGAAGAUAUUUCACAGGCACCCCUCAAGGACGUUGUCAAGGGUCAUACUAUUAUGGUCAUCACUGUCAGUGCUACUACUGCCGAUGGCCGCCAAUUGACGCGGGAGGAAUGGGAGCGUGUAGAUGCUGCCUGUGAAGUUCACAAGGAGCUUGAAGAGGCUAAACAUAAGAUAUUCGAAUACGUUCAAUCACGUAUGAACAUCCUUUCUCCAAAUGUAUCUGCUAUUGUAGGGACUACCACAGCUGCAAAGCUGAUAGGUGUUGCAGGAGGUUUACAGGCGCUUGCAAAAAUGCCGUCAUGCAAUGUUUACCUCCUUGGUGCCAUGAAGAAAACACCAACUGGACAGUCGACAGCUACUAUGAACCGUCAUACUGGAUUCAUCUACCAGUCUGACCUCGUUCAGUCAUGUGAACCGGAGCACAAACUGAAAGCUCAAAGAACAGUCUCUGCUAAAGUAGUUCUUGCCGCUCGUGUCGAUCUCGAAGGUGGCAGCAAGGAGGGUAACUAUGGUGAUCUCCUUCGCACGAAAUUAGAAAAGCAUUUCGAAAAGAUGGCUGAACCGCCUCCACUUAAAGUCACAAAGGCACUUCCUGUGCCAUCAGAAGACGGAAAGAAGAAGAGGAGAGGUGGAAGAAGAGCGCGUAAAGCCAAGGAGGCUUAUGCCAUGACGGAGCUCCGUCAGCUCAGUAAUAGGGUGAAGUUUGGCGAGCAGGAAGCCGAGACGGAUGCAUUCGGCGGUGAGACUCGUGGACUCGGUAUGAUUGGUAAAGAAUCGGGCAAGUUACGCGCAAGUGCUAUCGAUUCAAAGAGUCGCGCAAAGAUGAGUAAGCAGAACAAGAUCCGUACACAGCUUCUGGGUGGUCCUUCACGAGCUACCUCUGGAACGGCCACAAGCGGUACGGCAUCUAGUUUGUCUAUCACUCCAUUCCAAGGUAUAGAAUUAGCAAAUCCAAACCAGACAGCAGAAAACGAACGCAAAUUGAAGGCCGCGAAUGAUAAGUGGUUCGCUAAGGGUGCCUUCAGUCAUAUUCCUCAGCAGGGUGACAAGCUACCUGGCAGUAAAUAAUUGUAACAUAUAGUCAAUGCAUAAUGGUA